GAGAGUUUGAAAUUGAGAAGUGAUUCUCAUGAUAAUAUCAAAAGCUUAGAUGUUGCGAUUAAUUUGUUCGAUGAAAUGGUUCAGUCUCGUCGUCGCUAUUCAGUAAUUGAUUUCAACAAAGUAAUAGGUGUCAUCCUGAAGAUGAAUCGACCCGACGUUGUGAUUUCUCUUUAUCGGAAGAUGGAAAUGCGGCGGAUUCCGUUUGAUAUCUACAGCUUCAAUAUUCUGAUAAAAUGUUUCUGCAGCUGCUCCAAGCUUUCCUUUGCUUUGUCUACGUUUGGAAAGCUCACCAAACUUGGUUUCCAGCCUGAUGUCGUUACGUUUAACACACUGCUCCACGGGUUAUGUCUCGAAGAUAGGAUCUCUGAAGCCAUAGUUUUGUUUGAUCAAAUGCUUGAAACGGGAUACGCACCCAAUGUCAUAACGUUCAACACAGUGGUGAAUGGUCUUUGCCGCGAUGGUCGAAUGUUGGAAGCAGUAGCUCUGGCUGAUCGGAUGGUGGUAGAACAUGGUCAUCAACCUACCGAAGUUAAUUACGGAACAAUUGUGAACGGAUUGUGUAAGAUGGGCGACACUGUCUCGGCCUUGAAUCUGCUUAGGAAGAUGGAGAAAAGCCACAUCGAAGCCCAUGCUGCAAUCUACAAUGCAAUCAUUGAUCGUCUUUGCAAAGAUGGACGUCUUGUUGAUGCUCAAAAUCUUUUUAUUGAAAUGCGCGAGAAAGGAAUUUAUCCCAAUGUAGUUACCUACAACUGCAUGAUAGACGCUUUUUGUAACAAUGGUAGAUGGAUUGAUGCUGAACGAUUGCUGCGUGAUAUGAUUAAAAGGGAAAUCAGUCCUGAUGUUGUAACUUUCAAUUCAUUAAUCAGUGCAUUUGUCAAAGAAGUGAAGUUCUCUGAGGCUGAAGAUUUAUACGAGGAGAUGCUCCACAGAGGUAUAGUCCCAAAUGCUAUCACCUAUAACUCAAUGAUCGAUGGAUUCUGCAAGAAAAACCGCUUAGAUGAGGCGAAGCAGAUGUUUGAUUCGAUGGCUAGCAAGGGCUGCUCUCCAGACGUAGUGACAUUUAAUACACUUAUAGACGGAUGCUGUAGGACUAAGAGGAUAGAUGAUGGAAUGGAUCUUCUCCAUGAGAUGACUAGAAGACGAAUAGUUGCAGAUACAGUUACUUUCAACACUCUUAUUCACGGGUUCUUUCAAGUGGGUGAUCUUAAUGGCGUCUUAGACAUUUUCCAAGAGAUGACUUCCACUGAUGUGCGUCCUAAUAUCGUAACUCUUAACACUUUGCUAGACGGUCUCUGCAAUAAUGGGAAACUAGAAAAGGCACUGACAAUAUUCGAGGUAAUGCAGAAGAGUAAGAUGGAUCUUGAUACUAGUCACGCCUUUACUGGUGUGGAACCUGAUGUUCAAACUUACAGUAUACUGAUCAGCGCAUUUGUCAAAGAAAGGAAAUUCUCUGAGGCUGAAGAAUUAUAUGAAAAGAUGCUCCAUAGAGGUAUAGUCCCCGAUACUAUCACCUAUAACUCAAUGAUCAAUGGGUUCUGCAAGCAGAACCGCCUAGAUGAGGCAAAACAGAUGUUUGAUUUAAUGGUUAGCAAUGGCUGCUCUUCAGACGUAGUGACAUAUAAUACACUUAUAGAUGGAUGCUGUAGGACUAAGAGGGUAGAUGAUGGAAUGGAUCUUCUCCAUGAGAUGUCUAGAAGACAAAUAGUUGCUAAUACAGUUACUUACAACACUCUUAUUCAUGGGUUAUGCCAAGUGGGCGAUCUUAAUGCCGCUCAAGACCUUUUCCUCAAUAUGAAUUCUCAUGGUGUGUGCCCUGAUAUCUUAACUUAUAACAUUUUGCUGGAUGGUCUCUGCGACAAUGGGAAACUGAAAAAGGCAUUGGAAAUGUUUGAGGUGGACGAGGCAUGGGACUUAUUUUGUAGUCUCCCCGUCGAUGGUGUGGAGCCUGAUGUUCAAACAUACAACAUAAUGAUACAUGGAUUUUGUGGAAAAGGUGCAAUUUCUGAAGCAAAUGCGCUAUUCCAGAAAAUGAAGGACGAUGAUUAUGUACCAGAUGGCUGUACAUACAAUACACUAAUCAGAGGACAUCUUAGAGCUAAGGAAACUGAGGCAUCAGCUGAACUUAUCAAGGAAAUGCGAAGCAAGGGGUUCUGUGCAGAUGCAUACACCAAGAGAAUGGUAGAUGAUAUGAUAUCUGCUGGCAGAUUGGACAAGAGCUUUGUGGAUAUGCUAUUUUAG